CGAAUGUUUUGGUUCGGUUUGAAAUUUACCCUCCACGAAGGGCGACGAGGGAAAUUUAAAAUAAUGGAAAACCAAAGAAACUAGAUUAAGUCCAUAUAAAUCAAGUAAAAGCAAUUUUCAUGUGAAGAAUCGAGGUCCUCUUACUAUUAAAAAUGAAGAGGAGGAUUCGGAGAUCCGAGCAGGAAUACUUAGACUGUUGUGCACUUUGUAAAUGCAGUGAGAAUUGUCCAGACAAAUAUGGCGAGAAGAUCACACUUAAGUCACAGGAACUCACUGUGCACUACUUUUGCCUGGUUUUUAUAUUCCAGCUGAUGUCAAGCGGCGUGUAUCAGCGUGGAGAGGAAAACGAAGGGAUCUAUGGCUUCUUGGUGGAUGACAUUAAACAGGAGGUUCGCAGAUCCUCCAGACUAAAAUGUGCAGUCUGCAAGAAGAAUGGUGCUUCAGUUGGGUGCUACGUCAAAAGCUGCCAGAAAAAGGUCCAUUUUCCAUGUGGCAAACAACACCAAUUCAUCUUUCAAUUCACAGAUUUAUUUCCGUCCUACUGUAAGGAUCACAGUCCCACCCAGUCCUUGCCAGUGUCGGCUUGUGUCAGUGAGCCUAUGUCCUGCUCAGUGUGUCUGGACCCCAUAGAGCCUGUCCUCUCCUACUCCAUUCUCAAGUGUCCUGCCUGCCAUGGCAGCUGGUUUCACAGAGACUGCGUGCAGAACCAGGCUCAUAGCGCUGGCAUGUUCUUCUUCAGAUGCACUCUGUGCAACAACAAGGACAUGUUCCAGCAGGAGAUGCUCCAGAUGGGAGUCCACAUACCUGAGAGAGAUGCAUCCUGGGAGCUGGAAGAAAAUGCCUAUGGAGAGUUAUUGCAAGUGUACCAGCACUGUGAUGCCAAAAAAUGUCUCUCCCACAGUGGUCGGACAUAUUCUUCACGCACUGGAUGGUUUCAAAUUCUGCGCUGUGCCCUCUGUGGCUCUAGUGGCACCCAUCGAAAAUGUGGUUCCCUCAAACAUGACGAGACUAACUGGGCUUGUGAGGACUGUGCAGGAUCUGUGGAUGGGACAGCUUCACUCCCCAGACACACUGACUCUCCACAGCCCGGUGGGCAGAGAACAAGCAGGACUUCUAAAAGGAGUCUCACACUGACCCCUCGCCAAUCACCCAAAGUCUGUAAAAGGCCAUUUUUGUUGGGAGGCUCUGCUAGAGAGAUCCUACAGGAGCUUGCCAGUCAGACAUCACAGCACCAACCAUCCAUGCUAGUGGUGGUGAAUGGAAACAAGGUCCUGGAGGCUGCCAUGGAGCUAGUGAAGAGGAGUGACUUCAACCCGUCCCAUGCCCUUGCAGUGAGAUACAAGCAGAAAGCACAGUUCAAGCCCAGACACCUGCCUGGCAACACCCGGCACUUCCUCAGGCUCCUGGUGCAGCAGCUCCAGAACACUGUCUUUGAAGGUCCGGAUGGUGCCAAGACCUUGACCCUCGAUGCACGAGCUCUGAGGGAGGACGUCUACUUUGACGUGGGGUGUCUUCUGUCCCUGAGUCUGGUCCACGGGGGACCUCCUCUGGGCUUCUUCUCCAGGGCUCUCUACCUGUGUCUGUUCAACUUCCCCAGGGAUACACCUCUCACUGUGGAAGACAUGGGCAGCACUGUGUUCACAGACAAAGUCAAGAAGAUUCAGGAAUCCAAGUCCUUGGAGGAAUUGAGAGAGGCAAUUGAGUCAGCUUCAGAAUACCUGGAAGUGGCUGGGUGCACAAGACCAGUUGAGAGCCUUUCGGACAAAGAUACACUCGUUAAAGACAUUGUAAGCUUCCACCUAAUAACAAGAAUGCAGUUACCCGUCCAAAGGUUCUGUGAGGGUCUGAAAACCCUUGGUGUGUUUGACCAGGUCCAGAUGUUUCCAGGAGCCUUUGUUGGUCUGUUCUGUUCCUCUCAUGACAAGCUGACUGCUGACACCAUGGCAGCUCUCUUCACUGUUCAGUUUUCAGACCAGGAAGAGACCGCAGGGAAGGAGACCACUGUGUUCACCUUUUGGAGACAUUACCUAUUGGAGUGUGAAGUUGGCAGAUGUGCAACAUCGCUAGAGGACGUGCUCAUCUUUGCCACCUCAGCUGAUGUGGUACCAGCUGUAGGGUUCAGCCCCAGCCCUACCUUAUCCUUCCUCCAUCCACUGGACCCGGCCGGGGCCUUCCCUGUGAGCCAGCCCAGCUCCAACCGCCUCCUGCUGCCGGUGGUACCUUCCUACCAGGCCUUCAAGAAGCACAUGGAGUAUGCAGUGUGCCAACUCACAGUCUUGCAGAUCAUUUGAUCACAGACACACAGACAGUAUUGAUCUAUAUAAGCUCAACUUUAAUAGACUGUCAAUGAACUUGUAGGACACAUUUCAUUUGGAUUCUGUACUUCAGUUGAUAUUUACUCACGUCAUAGAGUUUCAGGUUUGGGUAGGGUAUUUCCACCACGACAGAGCUAAUGCGUUUUGUAUUAUAGGCUUUAGCUGUUGACUUUUAGAAACUAUUUUACACUAAUUGAAUUGUUAGAAAGAGCAUUAGUUUAGGUGCUACAAUUGUUUGAAUGGUCUUUUCUUUGUUUGAAUGAUAUGUUUGGUAUGAAAUAUUUGUUUCUUUCUCUUUUGGGAUUCUCUUUGACAUAUUUUAUGUUGUACAUACUGAAGUGUGUGUCAAUAAGUUCUGUUAAUUAUAUGCUACAUUUUCUAUUUUUGUGAUUGUUCUGUUGUUUUUUAUGUACUUUUCAGGUUGCAUGCCUUAUUUCUUUUGGCUUUGUAUGUAUUUUCUAUGUUUAUUAACUUCAUUCUCAAGCAUUUUACUCAUGCCAAAUUAAACAUUUGCAUUUACUCUGAAAUAUUCCUGCGAUGGUCGAUUCCCCCCCCCCCCCCCAACAUCAGUAUUCAAAAUGCAUGGGAUAUGUGCAUUUCAGUAGACCCUAUCACUUUGCCAUCAUCUUUCCUAGUGAGGAUUUGGGAAUCCUAAUUAAAUCAAGCAGACCAGUGAUGUAGAUUUUAUUUCCUAUUUACAAUCUAAGAGUAAAGUAGGGGCUACUCCAUCAAAAUGUGUGAUAGCAAAGCCCAGGUACACCCUCAUGUACAUGAUGCCGUUCAAAACAACUCUUGAGUUCGGGAAAUCUCUGACUUCCCAAAACAACUGGGAACUGGGGGAAAAGAAACAAGCUCCGACUAGGAAAAAUACACUGCUCAAAAAAAUAAAGGGAACACUUAAACAACACAAUGUAACUCCAAGUCAAUCACACUUCUGUGAAAUCAAACUGUCCACUUAGGAAGCAACACUGAUUGACAAUACAUUUCACAUGCUGUUGUGCAAAUGGAAUAGACAACAGGUGGAAAUGAUAGGCAAUUAGCAAGACACCCCCAAUAGAGGAGUGGUUCUACAGGUGGUGACCACAGACCACUUCUCAGUUCCAAUGCUUCCUGGCUGAUGUUUUGGUCACUUUUGAAUGCUGGCGGUGCUUUCACUCUAGUGGUAGCAUGAGACGAAGUCUACAACCCACACAAGUGGCUCAGGUAGUGCAGCUCAUCCAGGAUGGGACAUCAAUGCGAGCUGUGGCAAGAAGGUUAGCUGUGUCUGUCAGCGUAGUGUCCAGAGCAUGGAGGCGCUACCAGGAGACAGGCCAGUACAUCAGGAGACAUGGAGGGGGCCGUAGGAGGGCAACAACCCAGCAGCAGGACCGCUACCUCCGCCUUCUGCUCUUCACAGAUGAAAGCAGGUUCACACUGAGCACAUGUGAAAGACGUGACAGAGUCUGGAGACGCCGUGGAGAACGUUCUGCUGCCUGCAACAUCCUCCAGCAUGACCGGUUUGGCGGUGGGUCAGUCAUGGUGUGGGGUGGCAAUUCUUUGGGGGGGCCGUACAGCCCUCCAUGUGCUCGCCAGAGGUAGCCUGACUGCCAUUAGGUACCGAGAUGAGAUCCUCAGACCCCUUGUGAGACCAUAUGCUGGUGCGGUUGGCCCUGGGUUCCUCCUAAUGCAAGACAAUGCUAGAGCUCAUGUGGCUGGAGUGUGUCAGCAGUUCCUUCAAGAGGAAGGCAUUGGAUGCUAUGGACUGGCCCGCCCGUUCCCCAGACCUGAAUCCAAUUGAGCACAUCUGGGACAUCAUGUCUCGCUCCAUCCACCAACGCCACGUUGCACCGCAGACUGUCCAGGAGUUGGCGGAUGCUUUAGUCCAGGUCUGGGAGGAGAACCCUCAGGAGACCAUCCGCCACCUCAUCAGGAGCAUGCCCAGGCGUUGUGGGGAGUUCAUACAGGCACGUGGAGGCCACACACACUACUGAGCCUCAUUUUGACUUGUUUUAAGGACGUUACAUCAAAGUUGGAUCAGCCUGUAGUGUGGGUUUCCACUUUAAUUUUGAGUGUGACUCCAAAUCCAGACCUCCAUGGGUUGAUAAAUUUGAUUUCCAUUGAUACUUUUGGUGUGAUUUUGUUGUCAGCACAUUCAACUAUGUAAAGAAAAAAGUAUUUCAUAAGAAUAUUUCAUUCAUUCAGAUCUAGGAUGUGUUAUUUUAGUGUUCCCUUUAUUUUUUUGAGCAGUGUAUAAAUGCAACAUGUAAAUGUAAUGUAAAGUGCUGGUCCCAUGUUUCAUGAGCUGAAAUAAAAGAUCCCAGAAAUGUUC